AUGCCAAAUUCAAAAGAGUCGACUAAUGAACUGGCGUUUGAUGGUGCUUUCAAAAAAGCAUCGCUACUUCGAGACUUUCUCAAAAAAAUUCGCAACAUGGAAGACACUGAAGACAUGGAUGAAUGCGUGGAAAAAUUUUGCCAAGAUUUUCGCCAGGAUGAAAUUGAUAUUGAUGCCUUAUUAGAAGAAGAAAAACUGUGCCUUUGGUACUUCACAGGUCAGCCAGAAACGCAUAAAACUGCAAACCGAUGUCUUUUGUUUUUUGUAAAAUGCAGCUUAAAAAUGAUAUCGGAAGAUGCCGCUAUUCCUCCUUUUUUUACAGUUCUUCUUCAGCAUAUCAAGAAUAUACAAUUUGCGGUUUAUGAUGCAUCGCGAUAUCGAUGCUGUCUGCUGAUAACACUACUUUUAAAAGAAACUGAAGAAAUAGAGUCGGAAUUCGAACCCACAGAAUGUGGAGAAGAAAGAAUUUUGACAACGAAUGUUUUAAAGUGUUUGACCAAAAUUUUGAAAAAUAGGAUAUAUGAUAAGAGUCCAGCUGUGAGAGCUGAAGUACUUCGUUCUUUGUCUGUAUUGAAUAGAAUCAGUGAAAAUAUAGCAGAUGAACUUCAACUCGAUUGUAAUAAACAAAUUGUCAAGUCUCUGCAAGAUAUUUCCAGUGAUGUUCGAACUGCGGCAGUUCGAUACGCACCUCUAUUGACGGAAGACAAUAUAUCAGCUUUUAUUUUAGCAGUCUGUACUGAAAGCAAUGAAAAUGUUCGUCGUCUGGGUUAUAGUCGCAUUGCAUGUAAUCUACACGUACGCUCUCUUACUGUUGAACAGCGCAUGCAGCUACUUCGAACAGGAUUGGCUACGGAUGAUGUAGUGCUGCGGAAGAUUAUGGAACGAAUGCUUGUAAGCUGGGUUGGUGAAGAUGGAGUGCCUCUGCUUAAUCUUGUGGAGCAACUUGAUUUCCUUUCUGAUCCAGGAACAACCCAGCAAACUUUAACCAUGUUUCUGAAACGUUACCAACAACAGUCGAAAUAUUCUCGGACCAGCGAAAUGGUUAAGAACAUUCGAGAAAUGUGUAGUGCAGUGCAAACAGCCAUUAGUGAAAACAGACAGUUUACACUCUUGAAUUCUUCAAUACUCGACAAACGAAAUUAUGCAUCUUCAUGUCGCAGAGGCAACUUAUAUCAAGUAGCCGGUCUCAUAUUUACUUGGAGAACUCUCUGUGAACACUGCAGAAUGCAUGCUGUUGAUGAAAGUGAUCGAUGCGAAUCAUUGCAUAUUCUAUUACCAGAUUUGGUUGAAUUCGUCGAGUUUCUCUAUGAAGUUCUGACAAACUGGGCAUCCACUGAAAAUUCAACACAAGGAAUGUUUGAAGAAUUCAUCGUUUAUGAACUGUGCUUAUUAACGCGCUCAUUUGAUCAAACGGAUAAAGUUGGAAUGGAACGAUGGAGAGAUUUGCUAGAAACAAUUAUCUCAACUCGAGAGUUGCCAAAUUCAGGAAAAAUUUUGCACUUUGCUGUAUGCGAGCUGUACAAACUGUUCUACCAAGAGGAUGAAAAACUGAAGGAAUUUAUUGAAUGGUGUUGUUAUCGCUUGAAUAGUUUUUUAACUCCCGAUCUCAAUGAAACCGAAGAGUUGCCUAUUAUUAAAGCAUUAUUGGAAAAGCGUAGAAUGAAUUGUAUUACGUCAUCUGUGUCUGCUAAUGAAGAUAGCAAGGAUGAGUUAGCUCGUCACGGCAUGAAACGAGCACUGCUAUUUCUUCAUGCAGUAAUGCAGACUUUUUGUAAUACCAAAAUGACUACUUUUUUGCGAGCUGCAUUUGAUCAAGUGGUUGAUACUUAUUGUUCAAGCCCUGAACCAGUCAUUUGGCCCUUGCUUUGUGAAGUAAUAGGAACUGGUGUUUUAAAUGAUACACAAAUUGCUCGUGAAAGAAUUCACAUGUUGCGCUCAGUUAUUGAGGUGGAUGUAGCACCGUCAUCUGUUAAGGCAGUAGCUCUUAAAUUUGUUGCUUUGUCGGCUAAGAUGAGAGGUUUAACGGCAGUUGCGCAGUUGUAUUAUCAAGAUGCUAAAUGCAGUGAUGUCAAAAAAGGACGGAUGCUUUUGCGUGUAUUUGAAAAGUUGGUAUUCAACGAGGAUGAAAAACUUAGUCAUAUGGCCGUUGAGUGCUUGAUCGAAAUUCUAUGUGAUACAUGCAGUAUUUUUCCAUCUGCGCUAGCUUUUCUCCUAAUACGCUACUUUGAUAAUGCAUGCCAACCGUAUCCUUAUACAUCUUUGAACACUUUUUUUAAUGCUUACACGUCAAGUAGUACUAAUCAGCACAAGCUAGUGGGUGCACUAAGAAAUGCUUUGGAAAAAUUAGAUGAAGCAGAAAACAGUGAAAUAUUUGCGCAUGUUGAUGUAAAGAAAAUGAUGAAUUUUGUGGCAUCAUCAAGCAAAAGUGUAUCGACUAGCGCGAAGCAAAAUAGAAUACGGUUUGAAGGAACUUACUCGCCUCAUUUCUUUGUCAUAUCUACUUUCUUAGAUUGGGUGGUUAAUCAUGCUGAAAGUGCCCUAACAGAAGCAUGCAUAGGAGCCCUGGCACUUACAGUGCCAGAAGAAUUUAGUCACAACAACAAAGCACGUCGUUAUAUCCUGAAAAUGGUUGUACGGUGCAUAAAUGUUUUAAUGUCGUGUGAAUUGGAUAAAUUGAUACCAUUGGUCCGAAGAUUUCAAAAACGUCUCGAGCAGAAAGAAGGAAAUGAAGACGUAAUACAGAAAGUGAAUGUUUGA